AUGGAAGACCUUGAUGUACCUUUUGCCAUUGAGGAAACAUCUGGAGAAUUGUUUACAACCAAUUUCCUGGACAGGGAGACAGUAGCCAUUUACAGGCUGACAGUGAUUGGCAGUGAUAAGCAUCCUACGCAGCCUCUGUCAAGCUCUGUGCUUGUUACCGUACUUAUUGGAGACAUCAAUGAUCAUUGGCCCCAGUUUAUGGACAGCCCUUAUGUGGCCUACAUGCCCACCGGGUUGGCUCCAGACCCAGGCACCCCCUCCUUAACAUCACACACUGAAAUCACUUUUGAAAUUACUGGGAGGAAUCAAUUUGCUCCGAGCUUUAGUAAACCUCAUGUUAUUUUCUCUGUCCCUGAGGACUUGCCUGUAGGAUCAGUAAUUGGGAAAAUUCAAGCAGAAGACGGGGAUUAUGGUCCCAAUGGUGCAAUCAUGUACUGCAUCACUCCAGAAAAUCUAUAUUUACCAUUAUCUGUCGGAGACGUCUCUGGACUGCUAACUCUGAUCAAAGAACUUGACUUUGAAAAAGAAAGUACUUAUUAUUUCCAAAUCAAAGCCAAAGAUGGUGGGUGGGUUUCUAAAACUGGCAUGGUAGAUGUUACAGUGACGGUUAUGGAUGUGAAUGAUAAUCCUCCAGUCUUUUCAUCUUCGGAGUAUACCACGUCAGUCCCUGAAAACUCAGAAAUUGGAACUAAUGUUCUACAUGUGACGGCUACUGACAAUGAUUCAGGUACCAAUACACAGAUAUCCUACUCUCUUAUUGCUGGCCAUGUGGACAAAUUUGCAAUUGAUUCAAGAAAUGGCACAAUCACCACUUUGGUUGUCUUUGAUUAUGAGCAAGAGCACAUCUUUGACAUAACAAUCAAAGCUUCAAACACUGGUGGACCUACUUUAUUUAGUUUAGCACAUGUUGUCAUCCAAAUCUCAGAUGUCAAUGAGUUCACACCUAAAUUCAAGAAGAAAGAAUUCAACUUUUCAGUAUUUAAAAAUGUGAGUAUUGGAACUCUGAUUGGAAAAGUGACAGCGACAGAUUACGACCAAGGUUCUGAAGGUCAGGUGUUUUACUUGAUGUUUGGCCAGAGCAAAAGUAUGGGCUUUGAAGUAGACAAACUUUCUGGAGAAAUACACACCACCAACAGUUUGAGAAAACAAGGCAACAGCCAUGUAGUUUUAAAGGUUCUGGCAAAGAACCCUGGUGUUAUUACUGGCAUGGAUAUAGAUGAGACUUUGGUCCGCAUCAGUGUGAUCGACACAAAUGAUCCCCCUACGUUCAUCUCUACACUGUAUGUGGCAAAUGUUCUGGAGGACAGUCCAGCUGGGACAUCGGUGGUAACUGUGAGUGCUGAGGAUCAGGACUCCGUCUUGGACUGGAAUCGUUUCUUCUUCAGCAUUGAAAACGGAAACACAAACUUCGCUUUUGCCGUUGAUCUGUCCAGCGGUCUUAUCUCAGUGAACUCUUCACUCGACAGAGAACUCUGGCCAGUUUAUAAUCUGACUGUUACAGCCACUGAUAAUGGUUCUCCACCUGCCACUGGGACAACUACCGUCAUCGUGACCAUUGGUGAUGUUAACGACAACGCCCCCAAACUCAUAUCAACCGAGGCUCAGGUGAAGGAAAACCAACCUGAAGGAACUGUCGUCAUCAGAUUAAAUGCAUCAGAUUCUGAUUUACCACCAAACCAGGGUCCUUUUACGUACUGGCUAUUAAAUCCCUCUACAGUUAGUGCUUUUUCACUUACGACUGAUGGAGUUUUACUCACCACACAGGCUGUUGAUCGAGAACAAAUCUCUACAUAUCAACUCCUGGUGGUUGUUGGAGAUGCAGGAUUCCCUUCUCCACUGUCAUCUACAGCAACACUCCUCAUCAGGGUUGUAGAUGAAAAUGACAACCCUUCAUUACCAAGAAAUAUCUUCAUUGAGGUGAAAUAUUUUGGCAGUUCUUUCCAAGGAGGCAUGAUUGGAAAUGUGCAUCCUGAAGACGAGGAUGAGGAUGACACAUUCAGCUGCACCAUCAAAAGUGGGCCGGCUAACAUGUUCGUAAUACCUAAUGGCUCAUGUGAGCUGUGGUCGGCUCCUUUUCAGGGCGAGGCCACAUUUAACAUCACCAUCGAAGCUACAGACCAGCUUCACUUCCCAGUUAACAACAGCAUCUACGUAAACUACAAAGGCUUCACAAAUGCCUCUAUAGACAGCUGUAUAUUGUUCUAUGUGUCAUCAUCGUCAGUGGAAGAGUUCUUGUCCAAUAAGUAUUUGAGGUUUGUGAAAGCUCUGGACAAAAUGACAGAGGAGCUUGUCUUGCGAUUCAAUGGGAGUGACUACAUUGAAUAUGUUAUCAAGGAGAGAUUUAAGAGAGACUACCUGAUAAAACAUGUGGUGGGUGUUAAAAAGGAGGCACACAUAAGAGACCAAACUGUGAUUAACAUCAAAUUCAAGACCAAAGAAGAUGGAGUUUUAAUGUUCAUUCUUGGACAGAUGGGAUACAUUAUGCUGAAGAUAAAAGACAGAAAGCCUGUGUACAUUUCCAAAGACACACUGUCAGGACACCUGUCAGAGCUCAUUGUGGACUCUCCUGUGGCGGACGGAGUCUGGCAUGUCCUCUCCUUGUUCAACAAGAGACAGAGCACUCUUCUGUCAGUGGAUGGCUUCAGUGGCUGUGUGCAGUACUUCAAUGUGACUGGUUACACUCUGCCCAUCAGCGGUCACAGUUUAAUGGUGGAUGUCUGGCCCAGUUCAACCCUCACCCACUCCAGCUGCAGCUCUCCAGGCGUUUGCUUUCCCUCGCCGUGCUCUGAGGAGGACACGACCCACAGGACCUGUCUCUCAAACUGUCAAAACAAGACAUGUGGACCGGCUGUGCAGAGCAGGUCCUGCAUAUGUUUACAUAACGUCUCUGACUAUUUCUGUGAUAUCUGUAUCGACACAACGGAGGGCCGUGACCGGUGCUCUGAGGUGCAGGGCACCGCACCUCUGUGGCUCAUAGCUGUGGUUCUGCCUCUAAUCUCCAUCCUGGUGAUCACAGGAAUGCUUGUUGUCCUUUAUAGAGUGAGGAAGUGGGAUGCAACAUGUCAGAGGGAGAGCUUACCACAGAAAACAGAGCAGGGGACCGACAACAUGGCUUUUUGUUACGGUGACAACGUACUGGUCACAGAUGCUGUGUCUCCAGAAAAAGGGAAUCAACAUGAACCAGUGGGUGUCGAUCAAGGGAGGUCAAGUGUGGAGUUUUACUGCGACACCAGUCUGUCCAGUGCUCAGCAGGUGCCAAACAGUGAGCUGGAGUACUAUGAAAUUGGCAGCAUCUCAUCUAUUAACUAA